AUGCGGGGGCUGAGCACUCUCACAUCCAUAUCAGAUGAUUUCAGUCAUAUUGCCGAUUUUGUCCUGGUCUAUACGGAGGAGUCACAUCCGACGGACAAGUGGACAUUCAGUGAUAGGACGUACGAUAUUUCGUCACAUAUUUCGAUUGAGGACCGCGUUCGGGCGACGGAACAUCUUACACAACUGGAUUUUCCCUUCCAGAUGUAUAUUGAUUCCAUGGAAAACGAAAGCUUGCGGGCUUACGCGGGUUCUAACGGUAGGAUUUAUAUCAUCAAGGACAAUACAGUGUUGUUCCAAGGCGGGGUCGGGCCGUUUUAUUUCAAACCUGCAGAAAUCCGCCAGUGGUUUGACCGUAAUAUUCCCAUGGCAGCCGAUGAGGACAAGGAGGAAACAGUUUGUGACUGCAAAGUUGGUGUCUCGAUGACGACUACAGAAACUGAGGAAUAG